CGGCCGGGGCGCUCGGCGGCGGCGGCGCCAUCAUGUCGAUGGAAGACCCCUUCUUCGUGGUGAAGGGGGAGGUGCAGAAAGCUGUGAACACCGCACAGGGGCUCUUCAGGUGGACAGAGCUCUUGCAAGAUCCCUCCAUCGCCACACGAGAAGAAAUCGACUGGACCACUAAUGAGCUCAGGAACAAUCUGCGGAGCAUUGAGUGGGACCUGGAAGACUUGGAUGAAACAAUUAGCAUCGUUGAGGCGAACCCUCGGAAAUUCAACCUCGAUGCAACAGAGCUGGGUGUCAGAAAAGCCUUCAUCACGAGCACGCGGCAGGUGGUCAGGGAGAUGAAGGAUCAGAUGUCAAACUCCUCCAUGCAAGCACUGGCUGAAAGAAAAAACAGACAGGCACUCCUGGGAGAAAGCGGCAGUCAGAGCUGGAGCUCCGGACCUGACAAAUACAGCCGUCUGGACCGGGAGCUGCAGUUAGCAAAUUCACACUUCAUUGAGGAGCAGCAAGCUCAACAACAGCUGAUCGUGGAGCAGCAAGAUGAGCAGUUGGAGCUGGUCUCUGGCAGCAUCGGGGUGCUGAAGAACAUGUCGCAGCGCAUCGGCGGGGAGCUGGAGGAGCAGGCAGUGAUGCUGGACGACUUCUCCCACGAGUUGGACAGCACUCACUCGCGGCUCGAUAACGUCAUGAAGAAGCUCGCAAAAGUGUCUCACAUGACGAGCGAUCGACGGCAGUGGUGUGCGAUUAUCGUCCUCUUUGUCAUCUUGCUGGUGGUGCUCGUCCUGUUUUUCGUCCUGUGAUGGACUGAACUUCCUCGGACGCCUCUUCUCCAUCCCCCCACCCUUAUAGCAUGGGGAAAUGAAACUCUCAGUGUUUCCGUCCGCCCAGAGAUCCCCGUCAAGAAAACCUGCACCUGGCUCUCACCGUUCUCCUCCGAGGACCGAGGCUUGGCUCUGCCCACUCUCACCAGGCCCCGGCGAGGGCGGAAGGAGGACAGGAGCAAUUUGUGGCUCCCCCACAUCAUCGAGCUGCCUCCUUUACCCGGUGUGGUGUGAUCUGGACCCAGGCAGCCGGGGGGGGACUUCACCACUGCGCUUCGCCCCUCGCAGGUAUGAGCCAGUCGCAGUGGUCCCGUGUGGACACAGAGCAGAGAGCCCGGGGGGGCGCAGGGGGAGGAACCCUUUCACCGAGCAUUACAAACUGCAUCGCCAGCCCGGGGGUGCUCGCCAGCCAAAAAAGCAUUACGGGGAGGAGCAGAGCAGGGCCGUGAAACCCGACGUGAAUACGCACCCACGGCCCGGCUCAGCGCCGCCCCGAUAGCACCGAAACACUGCAGUGCCUGCAGCAAGGCAUUCGCCUCCCAGACCCCUUGGCAGGAGCUCACACGCUGCAGGUAGGUGAGCUGUAGGUGUAGUGUCCUGCCAUCGGCAAGAGGGGAGCGAUUGGAAACCCCGCAGCUUUAAUCUUGGGUCGCUGAGAGCUGGCAGCCGACCGUUUGCCCGAGGCUGGAUUUCUUAAAGAUUUAAAAUCACCUCCUUUGUUAUACAGGCCUCUAAAGCUCGUUGACUGAUGCUUUCUUUGCCCUUGUAUGACUGAGUAACUGCUUCUGUUUAACAGCUGCUUCCCUUUGGCAAGUGAUUUGUCAGGUCUGAAAUAACUUAUUUUUUUUAAGGAAAAAAACUUUAAAGAUUUUUUGAUGACCAUUUGAGCCACAUUCUUUCUGCAGAUGCAGGACGCAUUCUCAGAGGAAUGGAGCUUAACUAUGUAUUUUAAGUGCAUAUGAACUUGUAAAUAGGAUGUCUUAAUUUUUCCCAACUGAUAUUUUUUUGGAAACUUCCGUUGUAAGCAACCAAAAGCCAGGAAACUCGAAGCUAGGUCACGCUUCUGUAUGACUCCCCAGUCCUUUUGUUACCUUUGGGUUGUUUGUCACCCAGAUUGUCUCGGCAGUGGUGAAUUAGGAUUUAGCCAGGUAGGCGAUACCAGAAUGAAAUGAAAGCUGACCCUGGCAGUAUUACUGGGGAGAAAUACAGGUUUUGUGCCGCAAACAUUGACUACAGGAAUAUAUGGGACGGCUCUUCUGGAAAGAAGAAACUUCUUACUAAAGCCUGCUCCCAUAUUUAAGGGUGUUUUUUUUCAGAAGGGAAAGACACCAAACGCCAGGCUGACUUACACCUUCCAUCUGGCUCUCAGAUGGGGCCGGGGGAGGAAGUUAGCUGGCGCUGACACUAAGAUUUCUGCUGAAAUUGCGGACCAGGCCCCCAGAGUCAUACUCCCGAGAGGGAAACUCACCACCUAGACCGCUCUGCCGCCCGGGAGGCUCAGCCCGGGCUGGACACUGCUCCCCCAGCGGGGUUUUUGGCUCUGUUGAGGCGCCUGCGUGGUCGCUCCUUGCAGGCACACCGGUGGCACAGUGCCUUUCGCUGCCGUGCCAGGGCGGCUCCUCCUGCAUCGAACGCACACGUGCCCUUCACGCCAGGCUGCACGGCUGACCGCGGCGGUUACUCUCUAUCAUUGCAGAGCAUCUCGUUGCUUUUGGUUACGCUGUAAGAAACACGUGCUGUCUCCUUUCCAAGGCUGGCUAUCGCAGUGGCUGCGCUUGGGCUCGAUACCUCUCUGAGAGGAGGUUUCCCCAGAGGUCCGUGGUCAUCCUCCGGGCACGGGCACCACACGGUGCUGCUGCUGUCCCUGCCAGCCUUGUUGUUACGGAGGGGAUUUGCGUCCGAGCACCUGGGGCUGCUCACCCUCGCUGUGUGGGACUGACAACGGAGCUGUGCCCGUGGGACUGCCUCCUGCACAGCGCGAGAAGCCGGCUCCGAAAUGCGCUGGGGAAGGAGAACGCCGCCACGCCGACCUGCCCCUGCUGUCUGCAGGAAUUGGCGCUCCUCCGUUUCCCCACGUUAUUUUCAGCACGGUCGUGCAGCCUGCAGGAGCAGCUCCUGAUGCUCCACGCAGGACCACGCUCUCCUCUGCCCAAUGUGCUGCCGGAGCGCAGCCCAGCCGUGGCGCUCGUGUGUCUGUCCCAGUGUCACUGCUACCCAACCGGCUGCGGGCCGUACCCCCUGUACGUUUGCUUUUCCUGUUGGUGGUGGUGCUCCCCUCCCUUACUGCUAAAUAAACGCGUUUCUGCUGCCCGGCGUGUUGCAGCAGAGGAACUC